AUGGAGCCCUCGUGGUUUCAACAACUUUCGGCUCACCCUUUCUCUUUGCUGUUCCUCUUCUGUACAUCCCUGCUCCUACUGCAAAUAGUCAGGCUGUACCAGAAGAGGAGAACACUUCUCAAAGCCUUGCACCUCUUUCCUGGACCCCCUGCACACUGGUUAUAUGGGCACAAUCAGUUUUACCCAAAAAAAGAGUUUGAGAAACUUGGUGAACUGGUUGCAAAAUAUCCAGGUGCUGUGCCCCUGUGGAACGGACCCUUUGUGGUGUUUUUCAUUACCUAUGACCCAGAGUAUGCCAAAAUGCUGCUGAGCAGAAAAGAUCCCAAAACUACGCUUAGCCACAAGUUCAUUGAAUCCUGGGUUGGUCAAGGACUGGUGACUUUGAGUGGUCUUAGGUGGCAACAGCACCGCAAGAUUAUGAAAUUUGGUUUCAACAUCAACAUUCUGAAACUUUUCAUCACCAUGAUGUGUGAGCACGUACAUGUGAUGCUGGACAAGUGGGAGAAGCUCACUGCCCAGGACCCACAUCUGGAGAUCUCUGAACACAUCUCCAUGAUGACCCUGGACACCAUCAUGAAGUGUGCCUUCAGUCACAAGGGCAGCAUCCAGACAGACAGAACCCUCAGCUUCUACCUGGAAGCCACAUUCAACCUCAGCAAUCUCACCUUCCAACGUGUGUACAAUAUUCUCUAUCACAAUGACCUGAUUUUCAAAUUGACCUCUGCAGGCCAAGUCUUUUCUAAAUCUAACCAAGUUGUUCACCAGUACACAGAGAAAGUAAUCCAGGACCGGGAAGACAUGCUUAAGAAUGAUCAAAAGCAAGAUACUACCCAGAAGAGAUACAAUGACUUUCUGGACAUUCUUUUGAGCGCCAGAAGCGAAAACAGAAAAGACUUUUCCAGCGCAGAUGUCAUGGCUGAAGUGAAAACGUUCAUGUUUGCAGGACAUGAUACCACAUCCAGUGCCAUCUCCUGUAUCCUCUACUGCAUGGCAAAAUACCCAGAGCACCAGCAGAGGUGCAGAGACGAAGUCAGGGAACUCCUGGGUGACGGGUCUUCUAUUACCUGGGACCACUUGAACCAGAUGCCCUACACCACCAUGUGCAUCAAGGAGGCCCUAAGAAUCUACCCGCCCAUCCCGAUGGUGUCCCGGAAGCUCAGCGAACCCAUCACCUUUCCAGAUGGACGCUCCUUACCUGCAGGAAUAGCCGUGUUUCUCAGUAUUUGGGCUCUUCACCGAAACCCCACUGUCUGGGAAGACCCUCAAGUCUUUAACCCCUUGAGAUUCUCCAAGGAAAAUUCUGAAAAAAGACACCCCUAUGCCUUCCUACCGUUCUCUGCUGGACAUAGGAAUUGCAUUGGUCAGCAUUUUGCCAUGAUCGAGUGCAAAGUUGCCCUGGCCUUGAUCCUGCUCCGCUUCGAAUUGACUCUAGACCACUCCAGACCUCCCAUAUUCAUACGCCAAAUUGCUCUCAAGGCCAAGAAUGGAAUCCAUGUAUUCCUAAAGAAAAUUUGCUAA